AUGGCACUUUUUUCUUCCCUAACCCCAGUCUUUAUAGCCAUUAUAUGUGUUUUGAUUGGGGUAAUACUGAAGAAGACUAACGGAAAGAAGGAAAAACACGAGACUAAAACCAAGCCUUUAUCUCGCCCGUGGGUGGAUGAAGAUUUAAAAGAUGGCACUGACCACCACUUAGAGGAAGAAGAGGUUGAUGAAGAGUGGCAAGGACUUGAUGAAAAUGUUGCCCAUGUCCCCUUCUUCGCAGAGCGCUACUCUGAGGCCGAAAUGAUUAAAAGGUCACAGAUGUUUUAUGAACUUCUUAAUAAAAGGCGAUCUGUCAGGUUUCUCAGUGAUGAGCCAGUCCCCAGGGAGGUUAUCGAUAACGUCAUCAGAACAGCAGGCACUUCACCCAGUGGAGCGCACACUGAGCCCUGGACCUUUGUGGUAGUGCAAGAUCCAUAUUUAAAACAUAAGAUCCGUGAGAUUGUAGAAGAAGAAGAAGAAAUCAACUACAAAAAAAGGAUGGGAGACAGAUGGGUUAAUGACCUGAAAAGACUGAGAACAAACUGGAUCAAAGAGUACUUGGACACUGCUCCAUAUUUGAUCCUCAUUUUCAAGCAAGUAUACGGGCAGCUUCCAAAUGGCAAAAAGAAGACUCACUACUACAAUGAAAUCAGUGUUUCUAUUGCCUGUGGUAUCCUGCUUGCUGCUCUGCAGAACGCAGGUCUGUACACAGUGACCUCCACACCUCUCAACUGCGGACCCCAACUCCGGGCAUUGCUCCAGCGCCCAGCAAACGAGAAACUGCUCUUGCUGCUCCCUGUUGGCUAUCCCAAGAAAGAUGCUACUGUGCCUGCGCUGAUCCGAAAGCCGCUGGAAGACAUCAUGGUGCUCAUGUGA